CUGAAGCACUGAUGAAUUCAUCAUCAAAGCCUGAGGUGACAUUGUCCCUAACAUUGUCACCCUGCCCAACUCCACAGGCGAGCACACUGAAGCCUGAAGAAAGAGGCAUACGUCUCAUCCAACUCCUCCUAACUUGUGCCAAACAUGCAUCCUCCGGCAACCUCCACCGAGCCGAUGAGUGUCUCCGUCAGAUUUCUCCACUCUCCUCCAUGACCGGCGACUCCAUGCAGAGGCUUGCAGCCCGCUUUGCUUCGGCCCUUGCCAUCCGCCUUGUCAAGCGUUGGCCGGGCCUCUAUAAGGCCUUGAAUCAUCAUCAACAGCCGAAACAAGAACAAGACCAGACUCGAACCCUCUUCUCAAAGGCCUUCCCUUACCUUGGGUUCGCCUACGCCACCAUCACUCGAACCUUGCACCAACUCAUGACCACAGAGCGUGUGAUCCAUAUCAUAGAUUUGGGUUCCUGUGACCCAAGAUUUUGGGUACCGCUCAUCAGGAGUUGCUCAAUUUUCCCGGAUGGGCCUCCCCAUUUGAGGGUCACUUGUGUCAACAACAACAAGCAUGCAUUAGACAAAUUAGGCCCAAAACUUGUAAAAGAGGCAGAGGCCUUAGACAUGCCCUUUCAAUUUCACCCCAUAAUUGUCAACUUAAGAGAGUUAACAAUAGACAUACUUAAGGUGAGAUCAGGAGAAGCAUUAGCUUUAAUAUCAAUACUAAACCUUCAUGUGUUAUUAGCUGAAGAUGAUAGAGUUGAUGCACAUUUUGGGGCCAAAAAGAAUGACAGUGUGAAGGAUUGUAAGCAAAUGGGUCAAUUUCUAGCAAUGGUUAGAUCAAUGUCACCUAAGUUAUUCUUUUUGGUAGAGCAAGAAGCUGACCAUAAUUUGAACCGUUUAGUGGAUAGAUUUGUGGAAGGAUUGCACUAUUAUAGUGCAAUAUUUGACUCAAUAGAUGUGACAUUUGGGUCAAAUGCAAGUGAGGAAAGGCUAAUAAUAGAGGAAAUGUUUGGGAGAGAGAUAGAAAAUAUGGUGGCACAUGAGGGGCUAGAGAGGGAAGAGAGGCAUGAGAGAUAUGGGAAAUGGAUGGUUAGGUUUGGGGGAAGUGGGUUUAAGCCAGUCCAUUUGUGGUGCAACCCCAUGGAGGAUGCAAAACAAAUGGUGAAGAGCUAUGGUGGAGAUGGGUAUAAGAUUGUAAAUGAGAGGGCAAGUUUGAUGAUUUGUUGGUAUGAUAGACCCCUUUAUGCAAUUUCAGCCUGGACUUGUUAG